AUGGAAAUGCCCUCGAAUCAAGGUAUCCCAAGACCCAUGGCUGCGAAUCAUGGUUCAGCAAAGAUUAGCUCUACUACAUUGAAGACUGCACGGGAAUUACUCAAUGACAACAAAAAGGCCCACAUCCCGUACUUGUUUUUUCAAACUCUAAACAUUCCAUAUGAACCAGUGCUCAAGGAACCUCCACAUUUCUCUGGUAGUUAUCCGGAGGACCCAAAAGCAUUUAUUUUGAAGUUCGACAAGGUUGCUAAGGCAAACAGCUGGAAUAAUACAGACCGUUGCAUGAACGUUUUGCCGUUAUGUUUUUCUGGUCUAGCUGAAGAGUGGUUCGAUGAACUCAUGAUCCAAAAACCUUCGUUCUCUUCUUGGCUUACGGAUCCCUCUGCUCCAGGAUCGUCCUUCGAAGAGGUGUUUUUGAAGCAAUUUCUUACUCCGGGGUUGCUUCGAGAAUUUCGUCUUCGUUGUGAUCUUCGUCGUCAAACUGCUUCUGAAUCCGGUAUUUCUUACUGUGAGGAAAAAUUGACAUUGAUAACGAUGGCUGACCCUUAUUCUGAUUGGGACGAAGACAUUAGGCUGUCUAUAGUCAUCGAAGGACUAGAGGAACAAAGACGUCUAUUUGUUGAUAUCCAUAACCCGAAAGAUCUAAAUGAACUACGCAAAUUUAUCUCUUUUGCUGAUUCCCGAGCUAUUAACGAUCCCAUGUUGCGUAUGGAAAAGGAACUACUCGAAAUCAAGAAUCUCGUUCUAUGUCUUUUAGAUGAGCUAUCUUCUUCACCUCGACAUCGAGUCCAAUCUUGAUCCUUCUCCCGC